GGCGCCGGACGCAUGCGCACCGCCUCCACUGCGGCCGCUCCCUUCUCCGGGAGUCGGGGCUCCUCUCCUUUCCCCUGCCCCGCCCAGGCGGCUGCCCGUGACCUGCCUGGGAGCAGGGAACGGAAAGCCGGCGGGGGCCAGACGAGUUCAGUGCGCCAUGGGGCUGUUUGGGAAAACCCAGGAGAAGCCGCCCAAAGAGCUGGUCAAUGAAUGGUCAUUGAAGAUAAGAAAGGAAAUGAGAGUUGUUGACAGGCAAAUAAGAGAUAUCCAAAGAGAAGAAGAAAAAGUAAAACGGUCAGUGAAAGAUGCUGCCAAGAAGGGUCAGAAGGACGUCUGUGUGGUCCUAGCCAAGGAGAUGAUCAGGUCAAGGAAGGCUGUGAGCAAGCUCUAUGCUUCCAAAGCUCACAUGAACUCUGUGCUCAUGGGGAUGAAGAACCAGCUGGCGGUUUUGCGAGUGGCUGGUUCCCUGCAGAAGAGCACAGAAGUGAUGAAGGCCAUGCAGAGUCUUGUGAAGAUCCCAGAAAUCCAGGCCACCAUGAGAGAACUUUCCAAAGAGAUGAUGAAGGCUGGCAUCAUAGAAGAAAUGUUAGAGGACACUUUUGAGAGCAUGGAUGAUCAGGAAGAAAUGGAAGAAGCAGCAGAAAUGGAAAUUGACAAAAUUCUCUUUGAAAUCACAGCAGGGGCCUUAGGCAAAGCACCUAGUAAAGUGACCGACGCCCUUCCAGAGCCCGAACCCUCAGGAGCGAUGGCUGCAUCAGAAGAUGAGGAGGAGGAAGAGGCUCUGGAGGCCAUGCAGUCCCGUCUGGCUACACUUCGCAGCUAGGGGCUGCCUUGCUGGGCUGUCGGGCUCUUUCACAGCCGGCCUACCCAGAGUAGCCGGCCUACACUCCUCUGAAGCAACCACCAUUUUAUGUAUCUCUUGCACUACACCUCUCAGUGAGGCACUGCAUUCUGAGAAGGUUCUCUGCUAGUAUCUCUUCACUCUUUGCAGAGGUUUUGGGAUCUCAACAGGAUUGUCCUUGAGAGGUGGGGUUAUAAAUGCAUCAUUUUCAGGGGUAUAAAUAGAAGAAUCUUUUGAGGGGGGAGGGCAAAGGAAUCUGUCUUCUCGCAGUGCAUCAUUUUCAGGAAUAUAAACAGAAGUAUCUUUUGGAGGAAAGGGCGCAAGAAUGUUUUCUCCCAAGGCACUUCUGAGGAUAGAGUUGAUUACCUGAAUGUUGAGGACUACAUUUUUUUGUCCCUAAAACACUAUAUAAAAUGGAUUUUAAUAAAUUUCUGCUUUAACACUUGG